AUGCCUCUUGUGCCUGCCGUGUUUCAUUGUUCCGUCGUCUCUGAUUACCCGGAACUCUCGAAUCAGCACGAUUUUCACAAGCACCGAGCUCAGGCCAUCGCCUCACAAAACCUGCUUCCCCUUUGGGACAUUUGGUGCGAAACUUCCGCACACCGCCCCAAAUUGUCUAAAAACACCAUAAACCCGAAAUGGCGCCAUCUUUCGAAGCGCAAAAGCGGCGGUUACCCGGCGCUUGAUCGCUUAAGGGGGCAGUCUGGUUGCGCGAAGGGACCUCAGUCCCAUUCUGAUGCUAUUUCUGGUUCUAUUUCUGGUUCUGGUUCAGGAUAUAUAAAAGAAAGGGUGAGAUGGGCUCAUGUCGUUUCUCCGAGUUGGAAUUUGUUGCUGUUCGACUCGUGCAACAUACAUAAGGUCUACAAGUGUAGGUGUCAGUGUCUGUUGUUCUUUAUAGAGUGUUGA